CGGCGCGCGCGCUCGGCGAAAGGCGGCAUCAGGCAAAUCCCGGCGCCUCGCGGCAGCUCGUGCCCCGCGCUUUGUCUUUGUACGGGUGUUGGAGUAUGCAGUGCAGCUAUUCCCGUGUGCAUCAAUUCUUUGCCUUUCAGAGCAAACUUCAGGAUAAAGGUGUCCAGAAGUGGUCCUCGAAGUCUUGAAUUUUUUACCCUGUGUUUUGUGAUGGAGACAGUGUUGAAGGCUCACUGUGAUGAACAGCACCCUCAUCAGGCCGAAGACUUCCAUGGGAAGCAUGAGCAGAACAGCAAGCUUCCAGCAGGAAUAAAAAAAGAUAUUGAAAAACUUUAUGAAGCAGUGCCACAGCUUAUAAAUGUGUUCAAAAUUAAGGAAAAAAUUGGAGAAGGUACUUUUAGUUCUGUUUACUUGGCCACAGCACAACUGCAAACAGGGUAUGAGGAAAAAAUGGCUCUGAAACACUUGAUUCCAACCAGCCACCCUCUGCGAAUUGCUGCUGAACUUCAGUGCCUCACAGUAGCAGGGGGACAAGAUAACGUUAUGGGAGUUAAAUACUGCUUUAGGAAAAAUGAUCAUGUGGUUAUUGUUAUGCCCUAUCUGGAACAUGAAUCCUUCCUGGAUAUUUUGAAUUCUCUUUCCUUUGAAGAAGUGAGGGAAUACAUGUUUAACUUGAUGAAAGCCUUGAGACGCAUCCAUCACUUUGGUAUCGUUCACCGGGACGUCAAGCCCAGCAACUUCCUCUACAACAGGCGCCUAAAAGAGUAUGCCUUAGUAGAUUUUGGCUUGGCACAAGGAACCCCUGAUACAAAAAUUGAACUUCUAAAAACUGCCCACACGGAAGACCAGCAGGGAAGUUGCUCACAAAAUAAUCCCACCCUAGCCUUGGGAAAUGGGAUUUCUGUCAGUGUCACUGCACCUAAACAGAUAGUUCAACAGUCAGCCUCAAAAGCAGUUGAUAAAAGGUCCAGCUCACUUUCAAAAAUGCAGAUUAAACAAGGAAAAGGAGGAAAGGAGGAUUCUGUGCACCAUUCUGUUCAGCGCUCUGUCUUUGGAGAGAGGAAUUUCAAUGUGUAUAGUUCCACGUACCAGGAGAAUUCAAGUACAAAACUCAUAAAACAAUCAAAGAUGAUAGAUGUGUCAUCUAGGAAGUUAGUAACAAAGAAGAAGAUUAUUUCUACCAAAACAGUGAGCAAUGGGGCAGCCAGGAAAGCUGCCAGUGGUUGUCCCUCAAGCCUGAUCUGUGACUGUUUCGCAACGGAUAGAGUUUGCAGUGUUUGCCUUUCAAGGUGUCAGCAAGUUGCUCCCAGAGCAGGAACACCUGGAUUCAGAGCACCAGAAGUAUUAACAAAGUGCCCCACACAGACCACAGCAAUUGACAUGUGGUCUGCAGGAAUUAUUUUCCUUUCUCUGCUCAGUGGACGGUAUCCAUUCUACAAAGCAAGUGAUGAUUUAACUGCUUUGGCACAAAUCAUGACAGUUCGUGGAUCCAGAGAAACCAUUCAGGCUGCUAAAACUUUUGGUAAAUCAGUUCUAUGUACCCAGGUUGUCCCAGCACAAAACUUAAGAACCCUCUGUGAGAAGCUGAGAGGAACAAGCAGCAGCUGUAAGAGAACCCAGGGUGAAGUGCUUAGCACGUCUGUAAAUGACUCAGCAGUGCCAGUUGCAGUAGACAAACCGUGUGUUCCUGAGACACUUCGAAAACAAAUUCAACACUUAAAGAGCUUCCAGGAAGGUGACGGUGCUUUCGAAAUGAAGGCAACAGACAUGAAAGGAUGGGAUCAGGUUCCUGAUGAAGCAUAUGACCUACUUGAUAAGCUACUAGACUUAAACCCUGCAACAAGAAUAACUGCAAAAGAGGCUUUGCUGCAUCCAUUUUUCAAAGACAUGAGACUCUGAGAAGAUACCUUGUUCUCUUACUGUUUUCAUACGUUUUAUGCGGAAAUGAGAUACUGAGGUAGUUUUACCUUGUUGCCCUCAACAUUUACACCCAUUGAAAUUCCACCACACUCUGCACAGAACUACUGACUUUUUUUUUUGUACAGAUAGAUUGCAAACAUCAGUUUACUUUUAAGAAACACUUGCAGAUGUAAAAAUCGCAUAAACAUCAGUAACACGGUCAUAUAAUGAGACACACAUGAGGGAUUAUUGCUGUGCAUACCUCUUCUCCAAGAAAGUUAACUUUGAUCAAAAACUACAGUUUCACAAGGUCUAUGCUUAGUUCUCAAAAUAUUCCCUUAAAAUUUACAAAUGUGCCUUAAGGUAUGAUUGAAAUAAGAAAGUGCUUGAGAAACUUUUUUCCAAACUUGUGUAUCUCUUCCUUGUUCCUGAUUAGUACAUAAGGGACUGAAAAUGAAAAUGGAGCAAAGUGUUUUAAUGUUGUUAGGAGUGUUUUCAGAGAACAGUAUUGCUUUGGGAGUUACUAGAGGAGGGGCCAGGUGCUGGAGGUUAUCAUCAUCAAAAGAAAAACUUAACUGUUUUUAAAGUACGUACUUGUUUCUGUUUGGCCUUUCCUACUUAAACAAUAGUAAUGAAUGCAGUUAGUCGUUUUGCAUAGCCCACGUUUCCUCAGUGUCAUGGGUAACUGUGUAUACUUAACAACUACUGCCUUCAGACUGUCUCAUGUGACAGGCACAGGCUUGGUUUCUGCUAUGGAAAUUGAUUUUUUAAAAUAUCUGUUAAAUAAAGGAUUUGUUUUUAUGACUUCAGAAGACUGUCUAGAGAUAGUUCUAUAAAAAUUAGUUAGGUAAGGUCUUCCUGUGGGAUGUUUCUGUUCAGGAAGAAUUAUGCAAUUUGUUUCCUGUAUAAAUUCCUCAGUGAUAGAAAACACUUUUCAGAUAUCUCUAGUGUGUAUGACUGUCAUAGUGGAAGUAUCUUAAUUAUGAAGGAAGUCUUACCACAAAGCUAGAAGCUAGCUAUUGUCUGGUCCUGGGUAGGGAAAACAACCUUAAUAACCUCUAACCCCAUACAUUCAAUGUACAAAGUAAGUUACACUAUGUUCAGCAGAAGUUACUCUAAAACCCUUGAUAAUUUUGGAGACUGAAACUUAAUACUUUGUUUUUCCAUGUGUUUCUUGAAAUGCUAAUGGAGUUGUUGCUGUAAGAAGUUGCAAGCCAUUCUGAGAAAAGAUUGCUGCUGUGAUAACUUUUGUAUAAGCCUUCUCAUGUGAGCUGGUGGUUGUGAUAGUGCCAAGGUCCUGACCAGAGCUGGAGAGACAUUAUUUCAAUAUAUCAAAAAUCUUGAGUACAUAGAAAGUGAUGGUAAUGUUGCUCUGUU